UGCAAGAUGCUCAACUCCAGCAGCAGCCCCUCGGGAAACAACUGCAGCCACAGCACGGUGGUCACCACCACGGUCAUCCCGCUGCUCUACUGCCUCAUCUUCCUCGCGGGGCUCUCGCUCAACGCCCUGGCAGCCUGGGUCUUCCUCUACGUGCCCAGCACUAAGAGCUUCAUCGUCUAUCUCAAGAACAUCGCCGUGGCCGACCUCCUGAUGAGCCUGACGUUUCCUUUCAAAAUCCUCGCUGACUCGGGACUUGCCCCUGCCCAGCUCAGCCUGUUCGUGUGCAGGUACUCGGCCGUGGUGUUCUACAUGAACAUGUACAUCGGGAUCACCUUCUUCGGCCUCAUAGGCUUCGACAGGUACUACAAAAUCGUCAAGCCUUUGUUCACCUCCUUCGUCCACACCGUUAACUACAGCAAGGUGGUCUCUGCAAUCAUAUGGCUGUUACUAAUGAUUAUGUCAUUUCCAAACAUGAUUUUAACUAAUGAAAUCACUAAGGACAGUUACUCCACAAAAUGUAUAGGUCUUAAAAGCGAGCUUGGCAGACAGUGGCACAAAGCAACAACUUACAUUUGCACAGGGAUUUUCUGGAUUGUUUUUUUCCUGCUAAUCGUAUUUUACACUUCUAUAUCCAAAAAAAUAUACAGUUCUUACAAAAAAUUCCAGAGGAACUCAGACACAGCCAAGAGAAAAACCAGCCGGAACAUAUUCACCAUCAUGUUUGUGUUUGUCAUUUGCUUUGUGCCCUACCACCUCUGCAGGACCCCAUACACGUUGAGCCAGAUCAGCUCCCAGUUCACCUGCCAGGCCCAAAAAUCGCUGUUCUACGCCAAGGAGUUCACUCUGGUGCUGUCUGCAGCAAAUGUCUGCCUUGACCCCAUUAUUUAUUUUUUCCUCUGCCUCCCCUUUAGAGAAAAGCUGUAUCAAAAGCUGCACCUCAAGCCAAAAGCUUCAAGUGAGGUUGAAAUUUCUAAAUCCAGAAGAUCAAAUACGCUUGGGGAAAGCAUAAACAUAGUGUAGGUUUGUGUCUCCACAAUAA